AUGAAAACAAUUUGGACUUUUUUAACUUUGGUAUUGACUGCUCCUUUGACUAUUACUGUUAAACAUACUAAUAUAGUUACUAUCACUGGUUGUGAAUGUGUUGCUUCAUGUAAAAACAAUGGAUAUGUAAGAGGUUUUUCCUUUGCAAGUACUGAAACAUCUUUACCUACAGGUAAUUCAAUGGGAAUGCUGACGAUGAAGUCAAACUUAGUUGGAUUAAUACCACCAAAAGUAACUUCCAUUGAUCAUAAAAUCCCUACAGUUACCCAGGUUACAACCGUCGUUUCAGACGUUCCAGUGAGUUAUUCAACUACUUAUUCUUCUUUUACACCAUUAUUUGCCCCGAAGGGUCUUUCAUCUGAUCCCCCUGUAGUAUCAACUGAAGCUGAAACUUCUGAAUUGAAUCACUCCUCAACAUCAACACAAAUCUUCACUUCAACUACCGAUGAACAUCCAAUAGAAACCAUGAAUACACAAUCAGAUACAUUGCCAUCUAAUGUAUUAGAAAAAAUGUCAAUUGUGUAUUCAAACUUUCUGGGACAUUUUUCCAACUCGAGUGAAAAGUUCUGGUCAAGGUUUUGGAAUGAUGGGAAGUUCAAUGCACAAGAUCAAAUAUGUGUUGGUCAUUCAUUCACUGAACCUUCUGUUUGGGAAUUAGCGGUCGUUUCUAGAGCAAUUGUAUUUCUGGGGAAUACUGAUAAAACCAACAAAAUGCUUUCUUCUUUGUAUGAAUACGAGAACAAGAAUUUGAAGGUGUUUUCAGCUUCGACAGCAGGGGACGGAGAUAUUUACAAUGACGAUAAUGGUCAAAUUGCUUGGAGUUUCAUCGAUGGUUACAAGCUCACUGGGGAGGAUAAAUAUCUUAACUCAGCGAAGGGUAUAGUUAAUUUCUUGAUGCAACAAACCGAUGCUAAUGGAGGAGUUUAUUGGCACUAUGGUCAGAAUUAUAUUGCUUCUAUUUCAACUUCGGAGGCGGCAUUGGCGGCCAUGAGAUUAUUUGAGAUCACGAAAGACGAUAAACUCUUAACUUUUGCCAGAAAUUGUACCGAGUUCAUGUUCACAUAUUUUCAGGACCCCAAUGAUAAGUUAUUCUAUGAUGGUUUGGACUCUAACGAUUACAAUAAUCUCAAUAAAGGAAAACUCACAUACACAGUGGGGGUGACCUUGAGUACAUUGAGUUUGUUGCAUAAGUAUGACACCUCAGGUAGUUGGAUGCCAAAAAUCAUCCAAUUAACGGAUGCAGCAUUGAAUAGUACAGGAGCUUUUUAUAAUGGUGAUGGAAUCUGGAACAAUGCCAUGAGAUAUAGUCAUUUACUCUUCACCGGAUUGAAUGAUGUUCUCCAACUUAACCUUCACCAAUAUAAACCUUCUAUUUUGAAACAGGGUAAUUUCAUCAUUGACUAUCUCCAAGACACUGAUGAGUUGUUCUUCGAUUCCAUUGGAUCGUGUACUUCCUCGAUGAUUGGUCGUUAUAAAAAGAUUUUCGAUGAAAAUGUCAACAGCAAAGACAUCAAGUUCUGUAAUAAUGUUGCUACUAAAUCUCUUAUGGAUAAUGGAUCAGUAUUGCAAAUAUUAUUUCAAAUGUCAAGGAAUUUUUGA